UGGCGGAGGGGUACUAAUUCCACAGCGCAGCGCAACAGACUGCCAUCACACAUUUCAUGAUCGCUCCAGUCGGGCGGGCAGAGUUCACUGCACUAUUAAAACCCGGGGGAUACCCCCGUGUGACCUGAAUAAUAUACAAAUAUCAAGAAAAUAACAAUUUCGACUGCGCCGUCCUUGUCGCCUUGAAAGACAGCUCGCUUGGGGUUUUAUAUCCCGUGGCAGCCCAACUUGUGGACACGACUGGAAGAAGUCAAAAGCAAGCUCAAAGAUGUCAAUUCUGCCUUUUACUCCCCCCAUCGUCAAGAGACUUUUGGGCUGGAAGAAGGGAGAGCAGAACGGCCAGGAGGAGAAGUGGUGUGAAAAGGCGGUGAAAAGUCUUGUGAAGAAGCUGAAGAAGACGGGACAGCUGGACGAACUUGAGAAAGCCAUCACCACGCAGAAUAGCAACACAAAGUGCAUCACUAUACCAAGGUCUCUUGAUGGCCGCUUGCAGGUAUCUCACAGAAAAGGUCUGCCCCAUGUCAUCUACUGUCGUUUGUGGCGUUGGCCCGACCUGCAGUCCCACCAUGAACUGCGGGCAGUGGAGUUGUGCGAAUAUGCAUUUCACACAAAGAAGGAUGAGGUGUGUGUCAACCCCUACCACUACCAGAGAGUAGAGACUCCAGUCCUCCCUCCUGUGCUGGUGCCCAGACACACAGAGAUUCCGAGUGAAUUUCCACCUCUAGAUGACUACAGCCAUUCAAUCCCUGAAAACACCAACUUCCCUGCUGGCAUUGAGCCCCAGAGCAACUAUAUACCAGAAACGCCACCGCCAGGCUAUCUCAGUGAGGAUGGAGAGACGAGUGAUCACCAGAUGACCCACAGCAUGGACACAGGCUCACCAAACCUGUCGCCCAAUCCUGUCUCCCCCACACACAACAACUUGGAUCUCCAGCCUGUGACAUAUUGCGAGCCAGCCUUCUGGUGCUCCAUUUCUUACUACGAGCUGAACCAGCGGGUAGGAGAGACCUUCCACGCCUCGCAGCCCUCGCUGACGGUAGACGGUUUUACAGACCCUUCCAACUCCGAGCGUUUCUGCCUCGGCCUCUUGUCCAACGUCAACCGCAACGCUGCGGUGGAGCUAACGCGCAGACACAUUGGUCGUGGAGUGCGACUCUAUUACAUUGGAGGAGAAGUGUUUGCCGAGUGUCUCAGUGACAGCGCCAUCUUUGUGCAGAGCCCCAACUGUAACCAACGCUACGGCUGGCACCCCGCCACUGUCUGCAAGAUUCCGCCAGGCUGCAAUCUGAAGAUUUUCAACAACCAGGAGUUUGCUGCACUGCUGGCCCAGUCCGUCAACCAGGGUUUUGAGGCUGUGUACCAACUCACCAGGAUGUGCACCAUUCGCAUGAGCUUUGUUAAGGGCUGGGGGGCUGAGUACAGGCGACAGACGGUGACCAGCACCCCCUGCUGGAUCGAGCUGCACCUGAACGGCCCCCUGCAGUGGCUGGACAAGGUUCUCACACAAAUGGGCUCCCCCAGCAUCCGCUGCUCCAGCGUCUCUUAGGGAACCUCUGCUCCCGUGUAUGUUAGUGACUGAAAACAACAACCAGUACGCAAAGAUGAUCCUUCAGUGACCCUGCUCUUCUUCCCCACCAGAUGUCAGUAGCACUUUUUCUAUCCAGUACAGUACAUUUUGUUGUUUGUUUUGUGUGGCGAAAGGGGAGAAGUGCAUUAAAGCAGGACCAUGUUAGUAUGAUCUAUGCUUGUUGAUUGUUCUUGUCAAAUCCUCACUAAGUGAAUGGCUUAAUGAGGGCGCUUUUCACUUAAGAGAUUCAUAUAUUUGUUUUUGAAUUGUUUUUAUGGUGUACAUACAGUAUGUCACAUUGCAUCUAAAAUUUGAAGAAAACCCAAGGUUCUAUCUGUAAGAAAUAAUCAUUGCCAUGUAAAUGCCCCUGAUUUUAUUGUGGCCAUAAAACUUUAAAUCAAUCUCGGCAAUGGCGAAAAUGGAGUUCGCCCACUCUAGUUCUCAGUGACUCAGUUGGCAGUGGAAAAUCAAAACAUGAAAAUGUGCCUGCUUUUUUUUUCACAAAAUAUGAAAAUGUGACAUGAUUUUUUUAAAUGUAGUCUUAGGCAAAAUUGAAAUACUAUACCCCCCUCUCCCAAAUUGCCACUGCAUUGACAACAUGAUCCGAUUCUGCAUGAUCGUGUUUCAGACAAUCACUUGAAAGUGGUUCUGGAUGUCAGUGGUCAUGUAAUGGGCGGAGAAACAUGAUCUGUUCCGUGACAGGGAUGACGUGCAGAGCAUCUCACUCACAGCCACAUUAUUUUCUUUCUUUUUUUUUUCUUUUUAAAGCUGUGUAACAAAAGAAUGAUGUGGUUGUUUAACUUCACACUUGAAAAAUGGCAAGCACUCCAUCGAUGCAAGUAUUUUGUAUACUGUGCAAUGAAUUGAAAAAGUCAAUUAGACAUACUCUACGUAUGUCCCCUUUGAACGUACCUUUGUUACUCUCACUCCAAGCUCAGGUGGAGAAAUUCCUUUUUGUCAUUGUUCUUAUAGUUCAUAAGUGUCUUGUCUCGCAUAGCUGACAUGUAGUAGGCACCCACGAUGAGGAUAUCCAAGACAUCUCACAUGCCCAAUGUUUGUAUUUGCAUGUAAAUGAACCUGAGGAGACAGUGCAGUUGUUUUCCUGCUCUAUAUUCACAUUUAAACACUCAGGACUGUAAAAGGAAAAAAAUAAUGCCUAAUUGUACACAGAAACCGGGAGAAACAUCUAUUUUAACUUCUAUUGUUUCUAGGACAGAAACAUUUUCUCCAUGCAGCUUUUGAUAAAUGGAAAUACUUCAAUGGAAGCAUGUAAAUAAUAGUAGAUCCGCAAAAUCUUUAUUUUUACUCUAGUGUAUAUUAUUUUUUAGCAUUCACCUUUAUAAUGUUGAUGAUUUUUGUCAAAUUGUGAUGAAAGACAGAUGAAAGAAUAUUCAGUCUUAGCUUUGGUUCUGGCAGGGGGUACAUUUUACAUUUACUUCCAAAAUAAAGGCUCCAGUUCCUGAACAUGGACAAGAUAUAUUAUUACGUUAUGCUUGUUUUCAUAAAUUCAGCUUUGACGUUAAGGCCUGCCCAGUGGUGCUAAUAUUUAACAUUAUUGGGACGUAAAGCAAGUGUGUUGACACGAACAGACGGGUGAGGACUUUUAAUCCCUUUAAAUGUUCCAUUUGUUUCAGAAAAGUAGCAUCUACCAAUCUGAGACCAUGACUCCUUUUUAUGGUGUCACUCAACACCACAGUACAAGUCCUGAAGGGCUCUUAUUUCACCCCAUAGUCUGGGAAGUGUUCCUUACGCACUCUUUAGUAACUGUGUUUGUGCUUUUCCAAAUUGCUCACUUUAUCAGUUCAUCUGGAGUAGUUGUGAUUUCACUUCACUUUUGGGUGUCAUACAAUUAUGUCCUUUAUUUUCUCCUGUCUAUAAAUGAUUUUGAUGCUUUGUUUGUUUGGUCUAUUGAAUAAAAUAUAUUGAUAUCUAUCAA